AUGCAAUUUAUACUAAAAUUAUCUAUUUGAAACAAUAUAAUCAUUACGAUGAAACACACAAAACCUAUUUUUAUUUUAGGUUUACUAACCAUAAUUGUACUAUGCUCUUUUACAUUAGAGAUAGUUACACUAAGCUUUGAUAAUAUUAUGCAAGUUUUAACUGGAAUUAAACCAAUUUUGUUGAAGUUAAAAAUAAUAAAUUAUAAAGGUAUGAUAAUAAGAUCUAAUAUAUUAGCUUUAAAGAUUAAACCUUUAUUAAUUACUUUAUUAUAUGUAGGGGCAGCUUGUAUAACUUUUAUUUUAACAAAUUGAAAAUUCUUUAUAUACAUAAUACUUGUUUAUAUAUUUGUUAAAUGCUUAUUAACAAAUUUUUACGUGAAGCAUUUUAAGUUUAAUAAUAAAUUAAAUAUAAAGAAUAUAACCGCUAUCUGACAACAAAGAAAAAAUAUUGCUCCCUUUUUAAUAAAGCUUUUCUUACUAAUGAUACCUAUAAGAUUCUUCAUUAGAAUAUGCAUAUUUACAUUAUUUAAUUUCCAUAAUGAUAUUCUAUGUAUUAUAUUACUAGUAUUAUUAACUUUACCCUUUUUUUGAAUAUAA